AUGUGGCGAAAUAGUCCUGGUCUAGAACGUUACGAUGCUGUGCUUAAAGAAUCAUUGGAAUCGAUUUUGAAUAUUCAAAUGACAAACCGUGCAUGGUCCGAAUCAUCUUUACCAAUAAAACAUGGAGGAAUUGGAAUUAGACAUGCCACCGACAUUGCUCUGCCUUCCUUUUUGUCAUCAAUUCAUGAAGUUUCCGAUUUGGUGGACAAGCUGUUAUCCGAACCUUACCGACAGAUUGAUCCAGUGAUGUUGGAAGCAGAAAGAAUUUGGUACGAAAACAGUUGUUUGAAAGAGAAAAGUGAUAUGGCAAGAUUUAAAGCAAAUUCUGUACACGAAUCCGGUGCUUGGCUGCAAGCAUUACCGUCACCACAACUUGGAACACAUCUAUCCAAUGACGAAUUCCGGGUUGCACUAUCACUACGCCUUGGUGUUCCAAUCGUUCGUCCUCAUGUUUGUAUAUGUGGGGAAAAAGUUAAUCAAUACGGACAUCAUGGUCUAUCAUGCUCUAAAGCGAAUGGUACAAAUCCACGUCAUGCAAAUGGAAACAAUAUUCUCCAACGAGCAUUGAAGAGUGGUCUAGUUCCAGCUAUUCUCGAACCACCUGGCUGUUCGAGACCGGAUGGAAAAAAACCAGACGGAAUGAGCUUAGUUCCUUGGGCGAGAGGAAGGUCAUUGUUGUGGGAUUUUACCUGUAAGGACACUUUCGCACCGUCAUAUCUAAAUUCUUCGUCUAAGCACGCCGGUUACGUCGCAAAAGUAGGGGAAAGGAUUAAAAUCAGCCAUUAUUCACAACUAGCUAACCAGUUCAUUUUCAUUCCGGUUGCUACGGAGACGUCAGGGGUAAUAGGAAAAAUGGGCCUGGAUUUAAUCAAAAAAAUCGGAAGUAAAAUCACCGAUGCUACGAAUGAAAAACGUGCGACGUCCUAUUUAAUUCAACGCAUAAGCAUCGCCAUUCAAAAAGGAAACGUAGCAUCAAUUUUGGGCACAAUUCCACCAUCGAAAGAUUUGAAGGAGGUGUUUUAUCUUUAA